AUGACUACCUUAGCCGUAGCCUCUUCCAUGAUAACCACUCGUUUGAUCGACCUCCUCGAUCGCCUCAAUGUUGAGAGAAAUCACCAAAUGCUUGCAAAUACAAAUCAAGAGAAAUUCAACAACAAUGAUACUAGGUCCCCAAACGAUGAGGGCCCCAUAGGGGAGCCGAGUUGUAAAAGUUACCCCAAGGUCAUCGGAGAAGGUGUUUUUCCCAUAUUCAAAACCGAACUUGAUGUCCGAUAG